UCCAACACUGUGACUUCUGCCAACAGCGGGACCUCCAUCAGCCCCACAAGCUCCAACACUGUGACCUCAGGCACGAUUGCCACCUCCACCAGCCACACAACCUCCAACACUGUCACCACUGCCAACACUGCGACCUCCACAAGCCCCACAACCUCCAACACUGUGACUUCCGGCAGCCACACAACCGUCAACAGCCCCACAUCAUCCACAACCACGCAACCUAUAACUGCCUCCACCACAACCUCCAACACUGCGACCUCUGAGAACACUGUGACCUCCAUCAGCCCCACAACAGCCAACACUGUGACCUCACGCACGACUGUGCCCUCCACCAGCCGCACAACCUCCUCUGCAACCACCCAACCCACAACUGCCUCCACUGCAACCUACAACACCGUGACUUCUGCCAACAACGUGACCACCUUCAGCCCCACAACCUCCAACACUGUGACUACCGGCAGCCCCACAACACCUACCACAAUCACCCAACCAACAACUGCCUCCACCACAACCUCCAACACCACAACUUCUACCGACACUGAGACAACCAUCAGCCCCACAACCUCCAACACUGUGACUUCCGGCAGCCCCACAACCCCUACCCCAAUCACGCAACCUACAACUGCCUCCACCACAACCUCCAACACCGCGACUUCUGCCAACACCGGGACAUCCAUCAGCCGCACAACCUACAACACUGUGACUACCACCAGCCCCACAACCACCACCACAACCACCCAACCUACAACUGCCUCCACCACAACCUCCAACACCGCGACUUCUGCCAACACCGCGACUUCCAUCAGCCCCACAACCACCAACACUGUGACCUCUGCCAACACUGCGACCUCAACCAGCCCCACAACCUCCUCCGCAACCACCCAACCCACAACGGCCUCCACCACCACAUCCAUCACCGUGACUUCUGCCAACAACGUGACCUCCAUCAGCCCCACAACCUCCAACACUGUGACUUCUGGCAGCCCCACAACAGUCACCAGACCCACAACCUCCAUCACUGUGACCUCUGCCAACACCGUGCCUUCCACCAGACCCACAACCUCUUCCGCAACCUCCCAACCCACAGCUGCCUCCACCACAACCUCCAACACCGCGACUUCUGCCGACACUGCGACAACCAUCAGCCCCACAACCUCCAACACUGUGACUUCUGGGAGCCCCACAACCCCUACCACAAUCACGCAACCUACAACUGCAUCCACCACAUCAUCCAACACCGCGACUUCUGCCAACACCGUGACCUCCACCGGCACCACAACCACCAACACUGUGACUUCCGGCAGCCCAACAACCACCACCACAACCACCCAACCUACAACAGCCUCCACCACAACAUCCAACACCGUGACUUCUGCCGACACCGCGACUUCCAUCAGCCCCACAACCUCCAACACUGUGACUUCCGGCAGCCCCACAACCGUCACCAGCCCCACAACCUCCACCACAACCACGCAACCUACAACUGCCUCCAGCACAAUCUCCUACACUGUGACCUCUGAAAGCACUGUGACAACCAUCAGCCCCACAACCUCCAACACUGCGACCUCUGAGAACACCGUGACCUCCACCAGCCCCACAACCUCCUCUGCAACCACGCAACCCACAACUGCCUCAACAACCUCCAACACCGCGACUUCUGCCAUCACUGCGACCUCCGUCAGCAUCACAACCUCCAGCACCGCGACUUCCGCCAACACCGGGACCUCCUACAGCCCCACAGCCUCCAAGACCACGAGCUAUGAGA